UGCGCAGAAGUGUCGAAAAAACUAAUAGUCAUUCUAUAUUUUAAUUGAAAAAAAUUGUUUAGUGAUAAAAUAUUAAAUUUAACAAAACAAUGUCGCGAAAUCAAUUACCAGAUUCAUCGUCUUCGCCGCCCAUUAGCCAUUUACCCUUCCACAAUUUCGACGACGAUCUGAUCAACGAUUUGCCCUCCUGCAUUUAUGCGGGUCAGCAUCAAGGUGGGGCCGCCACCGGUGGAGGUGGUGGAUCAGGAGGUAGUGGUGGCAAUUCUGGGCUGAGACUCAGCUCGAACAACCUGCGUCACAUCCAGCAGCAUUAUAUGCAACACAGCGGAGAAAAUCUUCUUGACUCCUCCACCAAUCCGAUGGGGGUGCACAAUUCCGGGGGAGCAGCACCCCUAAUGUGCAACAGUCCCAGUGCGAGCAGCAGUGGCGGAGGGUGCGGCAACGCAGGAUCUGCUACUCCUGGCGGUGCAGGUGGUCCCAAUCCCGGUUACGGAUCCGUGGGAGCUGCAACGGCGUCCAGCUACAAAAUGCAGCGACAAGCGGCCAAUGUGCGGGAAAGGAAACGCAUCCAGAGGUCCGCCCCAACUGGGUACACCAAAUGUAGCAUCAAUUCGGCUUUCGAUGAGUUACGGGUCCAUGUACCCACUUUUCCGUACGAGAAACGCCUGAGCAAGAUCGACACUCUGCGUCUGGCCAUCGCCUACAUAUCUCUGCUCCGUGAGGUAUUACAGACCGACUACGAUCCUCUUACCUAUGUGGAGAAGUGUCUUCGCGGGGAGAUUAAAGCGGAUAGGGCUAAUUGGAAUACGAGUGAUCUCACAGCUCGUCUGUCCUGGAUCAAUUGGGAGAACCUCGGUGUCCAUCCGGGUAGGCGUACUCUGCUUACCUCGUUGGCUCUAUCCUCGGAACCCAUGUGCGGAGCUCAUUGCGGAAUGCCAUAGAUUGAGCCAAGAAAUUUGAG